GAGAAAGAGAGAGAGAGAGAGAGAGAGAGCCUCCAAAAGCGCACACGCACUCAAGGCACACAUCAGAGCUGCACGCUACAGAGAAGCUCCAAAUCCUCACUGGGAUCUUAAUCCAUUUCCACCUACAAACCUGCUGAGUUUUGCUUCGCAUUGACUUCUGAAGAGUCACAUCGAUUUGGAAGAUGGAUAGAGACGCAUAGAAAAUUGUCUGGGAGUCGAACACACACCAGGACAUCUCCUGGAAAGCUGAGCCGGUAACAUUGCAUUUAUAUUGUGUGUUUUCUGAAACAACUCUAGCCUGAAGUAUAGGCUGCAUUCACGCUGCUUUUAAUUGAGGUCCUCACAUCACAGGUCUCUGUCUUGUGGUCUGGAACGUAACUGCCCUGUAAAGACCUGUCUCGUUAUUUACGUCUUCAGUUAUGUCUAUGAUGCUUCUUGCUACACUUCUUCCACACACUUGUCACUCUUCUCUUUAGUAAACAUUGCUGAAUGAUAAUCUUGGCUAUGGGGACACGUGUGAACGACUCGGCUGUAUUCGUCAACGCAUCUCUGGCGCUUUCGGAGACUCCUGUGUCUUCUCAGGACACGGUUAUAACGUUUCUCCUAGGCACUGUCCUUUCUACCAUGUUUCUAGUGGGUACUGCUGGAAACGUGUACACGCUGGUGGUAAUGAACAUUGCAAUACGAGUAACCGGCACUAUGUACGUCUAUAUCAUGAAUUUGGCUUUGGCCGACCUGCUCUACCUGUGCACUAUUCCGUUUGUGGUGUGCACCUACUUCGCUAAGGACUGGUACUUCGGCGAUAUUGGCUGCCGUGUGCUCUUCAGCCUCGACUUCAUCACCAUGCACGCCAGCAUCUUCAUGCUGACCGUGAUGAGCACGGAGCGCUACGUGGCCGUGCUCAGACCGCUGGACACCUUCACCCGUUCCAGGCACUACAGGCGAGCCGUCACGUGCGCCGUCUGGCUCGUCUCAUUCGCCCUUUCGCUCCCCACCAUGAUCAUGAUCGAGCUGAGGACAAGUAUCCGAGAUGGGAUUGAGAAGCGUAUAUGCCACCCCACCUGGCAGAUGACUGCCUACAAAGCCUACCUGACCGUCCUCUUUAACACGUGCAUCUUGGCUCCAGGAUGCGUCAUCGGGUACCUCUAUCUCAAGUUAGCCAGAACUUACUGGACGUCCCAAACCACCGUGUUCUCCUCCUCGAAAGCACCGAGCGGGACUAAAUGUCCCAAACAGAAAGUACUAUACAUGAUCUUCGGUAUAGUUCUUACGUAUUGGGCAUGCUUUGUACCUUUCUGGUUAUGGCAGCUGCUCAGUGUUUAUUACUUUGAACAUGGGAAGCUCUCUCAUAAAACGAUGGUGUGCGUGAACUUCAUCGUGACGUGUCUGGCUUACAGCAACAGCUGCAUCAACCCUUUUCUGUACACGCUGCUCACCAGAAACUACCAGGAGUAUCUGAGAGACAGGCAGAAGAGUGGCAUUGGGUUUAAAAAGAGAUUCCAUUAUUCGUCUCAAAGGUCUGUAUCGUCUGGGAGUCACCAGUUUACACUUUGAGCAGCGCUCAUCGAACUGGCAUUUUGGAUGCCUGCAGUGAACCUUUAAGGUUUUUAUUAUUAUUAUUAUUAUUAUUAUUAUUAUUAUUAUUAUUAUUGUGCUGCUCUUAUGCAGACGAACUUUAUUCAUAUCAGUGCUGACAUUCUGAUAGGUAUGACUUUUUUCAGGAAAACAGAUGACAUUUUAAAAGGAAAUUAUCAGACCAGAUAAGGGGGGGGGGUGAAACUUUACAGGAUGAAGCACAGGCAAUAGUAGAAAAUGGAAAAAAAGAAAAUCAGAAUACCCAAACUCUUUUUGUUUUUUUUCUGGAAUGGCAUGAUGAUGAUGUGUAGCACAAGUGCAAUCAGACAAAAUAUUUUGUGUUGCUCUUAUAACUCGCGCUGGGAAUAGACAUAAUAAGAGCAGGUUCGAUUUUAGUCCGAUGUAAUAAGCUUUAAAAAAAAAAAAAAAAAAGUCUCCUUUUAAAAAUAAGGUUCUGAUUAGAGCUUCUGUUCAAAACAGAGAAUAUACAUCAUGUAUACAGGUGAAGUUGUGUGUUUUGGUGAGUCUUUACAUGCUUCCAUGGUACCCAAAAUGCUCAAUACUUUCAAAAUGGCCUCUUUUUCUCAUUUGAGAGAAUUUAAAGCCUCUAAUAAGUCUUCAACUGACUACACAUGACAGACUACGUGGCACAGUAACGACGUUAAGGCUCUACGGUACUGUUACACGACAUCCGGACAUACGUCGUGGUCUUACAAUUUCAUGAAGCAACUUGUGUGAAAAGUUACGAACAGUGAAAUUUAGGCAGUUUACUGAUUUAUAGCUUUCCGUACGACUUUUGUAUACUUUUAUAAAAUCCCAACAAAAUUUGUUCAAAAACAACAACAACAAAUUCCAAGAUGGGUGAGAAUGUUUAAAAAAAAAAAAUUAAUAAAUAAGAAUUUUUAUUUAUUAUUUUAUUUUAUUUACAUAUUUUUUUCGAAGAGAAUUUUUAGAGAUUGAAUCCUAUUGGAAUUUCAGUUUGCCCUGUGUGAUCUUAUUUUCUUUUUUAGCAUCUUAACAAAUCUCUUCUUGUAUUUUAUUGAAAAUAACGUCUUGUUAUUGGAAACUACAGAGGGUGCUUUGGGAGUUUUCAAAUUUUAGAGUUAGAGUAUUUUAUGCUAUUACUAAUAUAUCAUAUAAAUCUUAAGAAGCCAUCCUGUAAACAUCUUAACCUUGUCAAAAAUUCCUAAACGAUUCCAGUAAGAAACCUGUACAGGAUUCUAAUGAGAAUUUCUAUCAUAUUUUGAAACCAUUUCAAUUAGAUUCCAAUAGAAAUUGUCUUAUAGGACAAGACAAAUAUCCUGUAGAAUUCACUGUAAUAUUUGUUUUGACGGUAUCUUGGCAACAUAAGUUAAUAUUCUCUGGACAACGUGUACAUUGAGAUGAGUUCAAUCAAAUUGCAAGAUACAGUCAAAAAGUGUUACUAUUAUACUAUAUGUUUAGUAAAAUGAUCAAUAAUAAUACAGUGGAAAAGUGCACCUUUAGGAUUCUUAAAAAUAUUACAUUGAAUUCCCAUAUAGACCUGAACAGGAACCCAAAUGGAUCCCAUUAAAAAAUCCUGUAGAAGUGGACCGACAGGAUAUUUAUGCCUUGUCCUAUAAGACAAUUAUUAUAGGAAUCUUAUAGGACUGGUUCCAAAAUGUGAUAGAAAUUCUCAUUUGAAUCCUGUACAGGUUUCAGACAGUUUAUUUGACAAGGGGAGUGCCACGUAAAUGUGAGCAUCGACAUUUGACGCUGUUAGAGGUUUUAAUUUCCUCGCCUCGUUAAAACAGACUGAAAGGAGUAAAAACUUUGUUACUUUUUAAAUAUAUAUUUGUAAGAACCCAGUGAGACGUGGUGUCGGUGGAUUUGGUGUUUCAGGUGUUAAUUUGUUUAUCUUGUUCUUCUCUCUAAUGAGUUUUUUUUUUUUUUGUAUAGUGUAAUAAUCGUGUGCUUUUAAAGUGUUGAUUAUUUCCUUGGGUUGUUUAUUGCAUGAAACGUUAUUGCAGUUUCUUCUGUAUAAAUGUGCACGAAAUCUAUUCCAGACUUCAGAAUAUGAAGAUAUACAUAUGACUAUAGUUGUUAUAUUGUCAAAUUGAUUUUCAGAUGUGUUUAUUUUUCCGUGCAAGGCUUCUAUGCUUUUGCGGCUCAUGAAUAUUCCAUCCUGUGGUGUGUAAAGAAAAUACUUAUUAAUAAUAAUACAUAAUAUAGUAAUAUAUAUGAAAAGCACCUUGGGUUUUUAGUGACUGUUACAGUUAUUACAUCGUCUUGCCCAAAUGUAAAAUUUUUUUAUAUGUGCUUUAAUGCUCUUUAAAUGUAAAAUAUUCCUAAAAGCAAAUCCUCAUUCCGAUCCUCUUCUGCGGAACAGAUUCUGUUGGAAAACAUUUCCAAGUGUCUUGUCAGUGAUUUUGUUUCUGUGUACUUGGCCCAGUGGAGCGGCGGAUUAGUCUUGGGGAAUGUGAUUAAUAACAGGCUCUGGUUCCCAUGUACUGAUCGAUGUAAUCAAGAUCAACUGUAGCUUAACCCUGGACAAAACAAUCCCUAUUGGAAUUUCAGUUUAUCCUGUAGGAUCUUAUUUGACUCUUAGCAUCUUAUUGGACAUUGUGAUUACUUUCAACAGAAUUUCAGAAAAAAAUUCAUUUACACACUUACAACAGUGAACUAAUAUUUCAUACUAAUGUUUCAUAAUGAUAUCUACAACCCCGAUUCCAAAAAACCACUUCUGAAUGUGCGUGAUCUCUGAUCCCUCAGACGUCACUGUCUUAAAAACCGUCAUGAGUCUGUAACGGAUAUCCGGACAUGGGCUCGGGAAUACUUUGGUAAAGCUUUGUCAGUCAACACCAUUCGCCGCUGCAUCCACCGAUGCAGGUUAAGGCUUUACUAUGCAAGGCAGAAGCCAUACAUCAACACUGUCCAGAAGCACCGCCGACUUCUCUUGGCUCGGUCUCAUCUGUGAUGGACAGUAGCACAGCGGAAUCAUGUUUUUGGUCCAACGAGUCGACAUUUCAAAUAGUUUUUAGAUAAAACCACUGUCAUGUUCUCCGAGACAAAGAGGAAAAGGACCGUCCAAGCUGUUAUCAGCGUCAGGUCCAAAAGCCAGCGUCUGUCGCGGUAUGC